UCCACCGCCCGCUAACCCCUAGCCCUGCCCUCCGCGUCCUGUAACAGCCCCGGGCGAUAGCUGCGUGGCUGUUUUGGUGGACGCAGGUGGCAGGCGUCUGGAGCGGCUGGCUCAUCAUGUGGUGCAUGGGCCCAGCCGCAAUGGUGGCCUUUUGUGCCGGACUUUGGGUGUCUAACUCGAGGACGGCGAUGGGCCAGGAGGCCGGGGAACGGCCAGGGGCCGACUGUGAAGUUUGUAAAGAAUUCUUGAACCGAUUCUAUAAUUCCUUGAUAGCCAGAGGAGUCAACUUUUCCCUGGACACCAUAGAAAAGGAAUUGGUCAGCUUUUGCUUGGAUGUCAAAGGAAAAGAAAACCGCUUGUGCUAUUAUCUAGGCGCAACGAAGGACGCAGCCACGAAGAUCCUCAGUGAGGUCGCUCGCCCAAUGAGUGUGCAUAUGCCGGCAGCUAAGAUUUGCGAGAAGCUCAAGAAGAUGGACAGCCAGAUAUGUGAACUGAAAUAUGAAAAGAAAUUGGACCUGGCAUCAGUGGACCUGUCAAAGAUGAGAGUAGCAGAGCUGAAACAGAUAUUACACAGCUGGGGAGAGGAGUGCAGAGCCUGUGCGGAGAAAACCGACUACGUGAAUCUCAUCACUGAACUGGCACCCAAGUAUGCAGCAGCCAACCCCAAAACAGAGCUCUGACCCUCCAAUGCUGGUGCGCCAUUAAUGAAAGACACAGUGACUCUCCAGGAAAAUGACUUGUUGGUUAAGAGUAACUGGGAGUUGCGCUGUAUGUGGUCUCAUUAUUUUUGCUUUAAGAAAAAAAACCAACCAAGAAUUGAUUACUUGGAUUUACAAUGAAAACUGCUGAUAUUAGUGUCUUACAUUUGCAGUGUACCCAAACCUAACAGUGCCUUUCUCAUAAUUUUUGUAAGGAUCACAUAUAUUGUCUUAAUCCAUGUCCUUAAAAUCGAGAAAUGUGAACUACUGAGAAAUUGAUGGAGUAAGUCGAUUCAAAGAAGGAAGACAGUGCUCAGAGGCCCCUCUCUGUGCACUAAUUUUUAAUUAAAUAUAUUGGUUUAGGAAAAAAGAGACAAUGUUUUGUCUACCUAACUCCCACCUUCAAUCCAAAAGAAUAACAUGGCAUAAUCAAAGGUUUAAAAAAGUAAACUUUGUACUUUCAACUGCCAAUCACUCUAUGUUCUGUGGCUCUUUUUGGCAUCUGAUCUGGGAGGGCAGGAGGCACUAUUUGAAAUUAGGAUUUUCCCAAAGAAGGAAUACUUAUUUAAAACCUAUUUAUACCUACUUAAAACAGAUCAAGAAUCCACUUAAGGAGACCCUGUGUUUUAGCAAAUUGUAUCAGCGCUCACACUGUUGACUGAACUAAGCUCAAGGUGUUCUGUAUUCCUCGCUAUCACACAUUAGACAAGCGUUUUUUUGUUUUGUUUUAAGAUUUCAUUUAUUUAUUUGACAGACAGAGAUCACAAGUAGACAGAGAGGCAGGCAGAGAGAGAGGAGGAAGCAGGCUCCACGCUGAGCAGAAAGCCCGAUAUGGGGCUCGAUCCCAGGACCCUGAGAUCAUGACCUGAGCCGAAGGCAGAGGCUUUAACCCACUGAGCCACCCAGGUGCCCCGAGACAAGCGUUUUUGGAAGAUUAAAGCAUGGUAAGAGCACCUGCAGGCAAGAACAAGCUCUAUGGUUCUUAAUGCUAUUUUAUCUGCCUUAAAUUGUAGAAUCAUUCUUGGUUCCAUUUUCUGGCCACAUCAGGGUGAGAACCCCCACCCCCACAAGUGGUUGCCUCUGGUGGGGAGGCAGAGGUGGGAAAGACUUGCAGAGCAGCUCAAGGGGACUUUCUGGGGGGGGAUAGGAAUGUCUUGUACCUUGACUGGGGUGGUGGUUACAGGGUUGGAUAGGAUUGUGAAACUCAUCAGCAGUACAGUUAAGAUUCAGUCAUUUUUAAAAUAUACAUUUUAUUUAAAACACUGCUAUAGAAAACUUAUUUGGAAAUUAACUGAACUUCAUUGAUUCAAAACAUCUUGUUCAUGUAGAGAAUUACAUUUGCUGAUUGGGAGUCCUUUUGGGGAGUGGAGGAGAAAAUUUCCAGAUUGAACGUGUAUGCUGAAAGUACAAUUUUCACAUUUAAAUACUAUGGAGGUAAAUUAAUUUUUAGUUAGGCAGUUGAGAUGUUACCGAACUUAUCAGAGAAUUGGUGAUUAGUAACAUAAAAAUGAGAAUAAAAAAGCUUUGGUAUAAUAAAUGACUGAAAGGAUUAUUGUUUCUGGAUUUGAGAAGCUUGAUCAUUGUGUGUAAAGCACUCUAGUUUAUUACAAAUUAUAUCUUUACAAGUCCA